CUUUUUAUUCUUAAAUCCUGGCUCCGCCCCUACAGCAGAGGUGGUCAAUCCCAAAAACGUGACACUGAUUACAAAUGUUUCAAUUAAUUGAAACAUUUGCAAUUGAUGGACAAACUAAGCCUCGAGUAGUUGACCAUUCCCAAACGGUGUCUGAAGUUGUAAAAUUCCUUUAAACCAUCAACAAUGUUGGUUGGUUGCAACAUUCUAUUCUAUAAUUGUUGAGCACCCUUUUGAUAUUACCUUUUUAACCUUUUUUCUAAAGUUCUAACUUCCUAAAAAGCAUCAUCUUUUAACCUUUUUUCUAAAACUUCAACGUCACUAGAAGUGCUAACAUUACUAAUGGAUUAUUAGGCUUAAUGACUUGUACCCCGUCCUCUGAAUCAACUAGUUUCCCAUUUUCUUCAUCCACAACUUCAUCUACAUCGUUUUCUAGCCCAAUUUCUCUAUUUCAUUCCUUUUAUUCUUGAACUCCAUUGCAGGUUUGCAUCGCUAGUCAGUGUCAUCUGAAUGAAAAGAAAGAAUUAUCUUCAAAAGGUACCCCAUAUUUUGUUCUUGCUGAUAAUUUUUUAAGAGAUGAAGCUCAAGUUCCUCACCCUCAUCUCCAGCCUUCAUCGGAGAACCUUCCGUAACUAUUUCCCAUGGCGUCUGCUUCAUCUCUGCACGUUUCAAUAACGAUUCCGAUCUCCUCAGCUUCAGAUCCCCUCUCCUUUAGCAACAUUUCUUCUAUGGUUUCUUGAAUAGUGCAGGAGCAUCCAAAAUAAUCGGAGUUUUGUUCAUAGAAUCAUGUGUUCAUCAAAAGAGCCACCAGCAGAAACAGGACUCACAUCAAAAGCAUUUGAAUCACUAAAGAUUGGGUCGACAACCAUCAUAGUGGAAGCUCCUAAAAUGUUGAAGACAACAACUUCUUUGCCUUGUCUCAUAGUUAAUUCUGGUUUAGUUAAAGCCGAUGAUGUUGGCAGUGCUCUUGGGCUAACAGUCCAUGUUAGCAGGAGAAGUUUUACAAUAAUUUUGCAGCUUGUAAAAGAGCUGAGGCCAAUACUUCAAUUGAUUAAGAGUUCUUUUCAGUUGGAAUGGCGGUCCAUGUGUUCCACAGCAGCAUCCAUGGAGUGGAAUUGGGUGAUGAAUAAGGCUGGAAUGCAAUCAGGAAUGGAUUGCAGGAAUAGGGGAUGUGACAUCAAGUACGGUUGUUUAUGGUGUAUUAGAUACUAA